AUGGCCCAGGCACGAGAUGUGCUGAACUACUACAACAUAGCCAACCCGUUCCCCACAGAAUAUCCGAAAGAGCUGGACAGCGAUGAUGAGGACACGGAUGCCGCCGGCGUCCGGCGGUCUCGCUCCCGUUACUCAGCCCUGGAAAGGACCGCUAGUGAGAGGAAGAGUCUUCUUCCUGGGUCCCAGAGGACGGUCGAGGGAAGAGCAAACCUGGUCCAGAAAGAUGAACCAGAUCCGUUGGGCGCUCCGUUAAGCGUCGUGACCUCUUUAACGAACCUGGGCCACUCGGUGGAAAAUGAUGCCCGGACGAGGAACAAAUUCAUGCUCUCCUCGACCACGUUUUCUCCCGAACUAUUUCUGGCCACAACUCAUUCCGACGAUACCACAGAAGACCUGAUACAAGGAUCCAAAUAUCUGGCUAGGUCCAUUGACCAGCAGUCGGCGCCACUCAAAGCCUUGGUGGAGACCAACUUUGAGCGCUUCGUUCGCGCCAAAGCCACUAUCGACAAUGUCUAUACGGAAAUGCGGAAUCAGGGAAUGGAGUCGCAUGCUAAUAGCCCUCCAUCUCCCAAGCAUUCUCGUCGUAUCAGUGGCAUCCACUUUCGGAACAUUAGCAGUGGCAGCGCUGCUGGGAUGGCAUCCUCUCAGCGUCCGAGCAAAAAUGCACUACGCAAGGAGACGGACUACGGCGUGCAAGGAAUGAAGAGCUCACUCUCGGAGGUCAGCCAAAAGGCCGAGGAAGUCUGGGGACCAGCAUUAGGAGGAAAGGAACGAGAAACAAAAUUAAAAGUCAUUUUGAAUGCGUUGGAGAAGGACAGGGCAAUCUUUGAGCUGGGUUCGAAUCUGAGCGAAGCCAUCAACCAGAGAGACUACGACAGAAUUGUAGAGCUAUACAAUUCUGCUCGUCGGUAUGCUGCUGAGGCUCGAGCCUUGGGCGAAGAGGUGAAACAAACUGGACGGGGUCUUUCCGAUGAUGAAGUCUAUCGAGUUGUCAUCGUUGGGAAAAUGUGGUCAAAUGUGGAUGAACAAAUAAAGGCCCUGAAACGGGAUAUUUGGCGCAGACUUUCCAGCACUUCGGCCGCUCUUCCGCUUUCCGGGAUCUCCCAGGCAGAAGAGCAUAUGGAGCUUAUCACGGUCUUGUUGCACCUGGGUGUGGAAGAGAGUCCGAUAUGGGUGUAUCUCUUGAGCAGGUACGAUUUCUUGAAGAACAAGAUUGCCGCCGUCGUGGAGAGAUCCAAGAUUGAAAUCGAGAUUCUGCGCCGCCGACUGGCAGUUGGAGAACGUCCAUCCUCCGAGACUGUUGCGGUGUUCUUGCGGCAAGCCUCGAAAGAGCGGCCCGAAACUCUCGACACUGAGGACGUUAUCGAUUUCUGGAACUGCAUCCUGACCUACUUCACGAAGCUUCUAUCCUUGUCGAGCGGAUUGCUGGGAGAGGUUGUCGACUUUUGGGAGACAGCACAGUCGUUUAUCGACGGCAACAAACAGAAAAGCUUACCCACUGGCUAUGAAGGCGAGAGCAGCAAACAUCUCCAAAUGUCGGAAUCAGAGGCCAAUGGGUUGCGGAGCGGCGCUACCGAGCUGGUCAGCCAGCUGAGGGAUGCUGUCUUCUCCCUCUUUGCGGAUCCGCCCGCUGAAGACAUCUCGUCUUUGUUCUCGCCAGUACCAGGAUCCGCCGGUACACCCACUACCCCUCACAUGGGAGCCGCCUUUUCUCCCACUGAUGGCCGAAUAGGCAGACUUGAUCCCAACAACCUACCUGCGGCAGCAGAAAAGAAAGGCGAGCCAUGGGAAGAUUAUGCAUUCUGGCCACCUCACUCCAAUGCCCUGAGCGCUGUGCACUAUCUUCAGAAAAUCCUUACCCUUGUCGGAGUCGGUGCCGGCGAAAUGGUGGCUCUGGGCCCAGUGAGCAACAACAACGCGAUGUAUGAAAAGAUCAAGGCCAUGAUCGCAGGAGCCCGAGAAAGAUGUAUGAGAGCUGUCUGUGAAGCCUGGAGCAAAGAUGCGGAAAGCUGUAAGUCAAUGGAGGAUUGGGUGAGGUCGCCAGAGAAACGCGACCAAACUCGCAUGCCGAUGUACAUUGAAGCCUUUGAGAGAAAAGUGCUGCUGGGUAUGCAACAAGUGUUAUAUCUCUCCGACACGACCACCAAGCCAGGAGGUCGCGACAUCCUUACGCCCCCGCCUUCGAAACUUUUGCAAAUGGUACGGACUCAGCUCGUUAGCAGCAUUUACAAAGCAGUCAGUGGCAUGCUAGAAAAUACGGAGGCUUUGAACCAGGGGGAUGAGGAUGACUGGGUCUUGGUGACGAGCCUCAACUCAAUUGCCGUCGGUGCUACUCCCAGCGAAACGCUGAUGCAAGACGCCAUCAACGCCUCAAGCCGCAAUGUGCGCAUGCUACUGACGAUGUCGAACCUGAAAGCCCUGCGGAACGAAUAUGUACCAUCACUUAUUCAACUGUUUGAGUCUUCAUUCUCCGUGAAGCUGGCAGAAGAGUCCAAGACUAUCAAAGACGUCUUUGGUCAAAUCGAUGCGAAACUUUUCCACGCAUACACCCGACCCAUGGUUGCGAACCUGACUCAAAUCAUCAAAGACGGUAUCAAUUCCCCCAGUUGGGUACCUACAAACCCGAAACCAGAUCAAGUCAGACCAUACGUUUAUGCGGCAUUGAUGAGGCUAGUGAUGGUCCACACGGAAGUCUCCACGACCGUCCCAAGCACCACAGGCUCGAACAGUCCUCUGCUGGGCGAGAUCCUGUCCUACAUGCUCGAGAACAUCUCGCAAGCUCUCCUUGAUGGGUUCAAAGAGCGCAAACCCAACACGUACAGCCUUCCGGCGUUGAUGCAAGCGACCCUGGACACGGAGUUCAUUGCGCAGACGAUGACGCAUUAUUCGACACCCAAGGCCGGAGAGACCCAGGGCCAGAUAUACACAGAGUUGGACAAGAGGACGACAAACGAGGCGAGGACGAGAUUACAGCAGGAAUUGGGCGAUAUGCGGAUGGUGUUGAAGAAAUUGAGGGACGGCAGUCGGAAUAGCUUUGGCUGUUUCAAGAAACAGAGGAGUAGUGAUAAAGACAAGUCGAGACAGCAAGUGCCGGCGUUAGCCUAG